ACAGUUUUCUCAUCUUUGAUUUAACAGUAUCUUUCAAGAUACUGUAUUUUACAUUUUUUAAAGAGAUCUUUUGUAUGCUAUUAUUAUUAUGGCAAAAUAACCUAAGAGUUCAAGGUCUUUUCAAGAUAAAUUUCUUUUGUAACCAUGUCACUAGUACAAUUUCAUUAUAGUGCUGACCUCAUCAACACUAUCUUGCCUCUUUUUAUUAUUCAUCACAUUGGCCAUAAGAGGAGUGGUUGUGAAGAAUAUUACACUAUCAUUCACUGGUAUGUAUUUCAUUUAAUAUAGCUACAAAAAGGCAACACUUUGCCUUGCAUACUUCCCAAAAGGAUACCUUCCAUUGAAAGGAAACAGAAAUUUUGUAUAGAGUUAAACAUUAUUAUAAAUAUCGUGCUGCUGACAGUGUUUGUUAGCUUCUAAAUGUACAGCCAGUUCUUGCCACUUCUGGAACUAUAUGCACGCUGAUGACUGCAUAUGCCACUGCAGAAUACUUAUCUUUCUGUUCAGUGAAAUGAGUGACUAGCAAAACAAGCUGGCUGAUAAAAUAUUGCAGUGCCUGCAAUUGUCAAUUGCAAAACACAGUAGUGUGCAACCGUCUUAUAAUGUGUUAAGAAAGAGCUUCUAAAGUGACUCCAAUGAAAUAAUUCCAUUUUAUAUAUCUUGUUAAGGUUGCCUGUGCUAGAGAAAGACUCAGAAAAUUUAACUGCCUGGGAGGUAUUUUAAGUUAGUAAGUUCCUUGGAAAAAUGAAGACAAAACUGUUGUUACUGAUAUUUACUGCUGAAUUCCUUAAUGAAAUUGUUGAAGCACAGAGAAUAUCCUUAAAACCUAGACAGAGACAGCAGGAUUUUAUAACAGACAAACUACAGUACAUCCCCUCACUGAUGGGGCAUAUGAAUGAGCCGGUAUGCCUUCUAAAGGGAAGACAUAGAAACAUUGCAUUUAAAGUGCCAAAAGAUUAUUUGGAAGACCGUUUUCAGGACAUUGAUCUAGUUGAUAGAAGUGGUGUGACUGGUGAUGUGCAAGAAGUUGAGAUUAAACCAAUAAAACCACCUGAUAUCAGUAUUCCAAUGAAGUUAGGUCGAGAUGAGAAUUUUUCUAUGUUCUUGCCAAGUCAUCGUAAAAUGGCAGCUCAACUCAUUGAAGUUUUGAUGGGAAUGCAUGGGAGUGAGGAAUUCCUUUCAGCUUCAGUGUUCUGCAGAGAAAAAAUCAAUCCAUAUCUUUACAUUUAUGCUUUGUCAGUGGCAAUGUUACACAGACAAGAUACCAAAAACAUUACACUACCAACGAUUGUGGAGAUUUUUCCUGACAAGUAUGUAGCUGGAGGAAUUUUUCCUAGAGCGAGACAAGAGGCGAAUGCUGUGCCUGAUGGUUCUAGGGUUCCAAUAGAAAUUCCAAAGGAUUACACUGCUUCAGAUCUUGAGCCUGAGCACCGAGUUUCAUAUUUCCGUGAAGAUAUUGGCUUGAAUCUAAAUCACUGGUAUUUUCAUCUGAUAUACCCAUUUUCUGGACCCCGUAGGAUUGUGAAUAAAGAUCGCCGUGGUGAAUUAUUCUACUAUUUCCAUCAACAAAUUAUUGCCAGGUACAACUUUGAACGGUUGAGCAACAAUCUUGGAUGUGUAAAGAAGUUGAACAACUGGGAUGAACCAUUGAAGGAAGCAUAUUUUCCUAAGCUUGACAACGUGUUGGCAAGUAGGGUGUGGCCUGCACGGGAAAAAUUUACUAAGUUACAUGAUAUCAACCGUGAAGCUGAUCGGCUUUCAUUUGACAUUGAUGACAUGAAACGCUGGAGAAGUAGAAUAUUUGAUGCCAUUCACCGUGGAGCAGCGAUAAACGACAAAGGAGAAUAUGUACCUUUAACAGAGGAAAAAGGUAUUGAUAUGUUAGGUAACAUGGUGCAAUCAAGCUCCCUGUCAGUUAACAAGAAUUUCUAUGGUGACAUGCACAACCUUGGGCAUAUGAUGGUUGCCUACUGCCAUGAUCCUGAUGGACGAAAUUUGGAGACCUUUGGUGUUAUGGCAGAUGUAGCAACAGCCAUGAGAGACCCUGUGUUCUACAGAUGGCAUUCAUUCAUUAAUUCAGUUUUCCAAGAACACAAGAAUUUGCUGCCAAGGUACACCACUCAACAGUUAACUUUUCCUGGUGUUAAUGUAUCUGGCAUAGAGCUUAUAACAGCAAAUUCAAUAAAAAAUGAAUUUGCAACAUUUUGGCAGAAAAGCGAUGUUGAUCUCUCCAGAGGUCUUGAUUUUGCCCCUGGUGGAGCAGUCUAUGCUCGUAUUACACAUCUGCAGCAUGCACCAUACUUAUUUGCAGUACAGGUUAGCAACUCAGGACCACCUCGAACAGGAACUGUAAGAAUAUUUUUGGCUCCAAAAUUCAAUGAACAAGGACGCCCAAUGCUGUUUCGAGAACAAAAAAAUUUGUUCAUUGAGAUGGACAAGUUUACAGUACAUUUGAAAACUGGACUUAAUGUGUUCUGGAGAGAGUCAAAGAAAUCUGCUGUAGCAGCUACAGCUGGAAGUCCAUUAAAAAAUUUGAACAAUUCUGAUCCACAGUCACAAGAGGCAGGUGGCUACUGUUCUUGUGGGUGGCCUCGUCAUUUGAUGAUUCCAAAAGGGAAACCUGAAGGUUUACCAGCUCAUCUCUUUGUAAUGAUAUCUGAUUAUGCCGUAGACAGGGUAGAUCAACCUCCACCUGAGGGAUGUCGGGCAAGUCACAGUUACUGUGGUUUGCGUGAUAGAAUGUAUCCUGACAAAAAGCCAAUGGGAUUUCCAUUUGACCGUAUGCCUCGUAGUGGUGUGAAUACUCUUCAGGAAUUCCUAACUCCUAAUAUGGGAGUUUUGGAUGUGAUGAUAAGACAUUAUGGAAAAACAGCAAUUUCACUGCUACUGACACGAGAUGAUUGGGAAAAAUUUGUGGCUGAUAGCCAGUACAGAGUAUGAGACAUUAUCAGUUCUAUUUGUGAUGUACCUGACACAUAGCAUUGAUAUAAAUUUGAUUAUCUUGAAAAAGUCACAGUGUGUAUAAAAUAAAAAGCUAACUGUUAUUUUCAAGUCUUUAAUAAACAAUGUUUAAUUUGUAA